AUGGCUCCAAAUCACAGUGCUCCACUUAUUAGCGAAAAUACUUUUAAUGUGCCCCGCCUUGAGGAUUAUGACAUAAGUCCGUCGACUGGAUUCCUUCCUUCUAUUCCACCAUUAGAAUGUUUGCCUGACUCUUAUUAUGAACCCUGGGAAACUUUAAUUUCAAUGUUUCAUAAUUUGAUGUUGGCUGGUCGUCUAAGGGAAUAUGUUAAAAGGCUGCCGAUUUUGAAAACUGAUCGCCUAAAAACUCCAGAAGAAUAUCGUCGUGCUUUCUUAGUAUUGUCCUUUAUAGCACACGGAUAUGUGUGGGGAAAAUAUGAAACAGUCUCAGACAGGCUACCAGCUAAUAUUGCUAUACCUUGGGUAGAAGUAUCAAAAUAUCUCGAUGUCGCACCAAUAAUUAAUCAUGCUGCAGUAGUGACUUGGAAUUGGAGCUUACUAUUUUCAGAUGAACCGUUUAAAUUAAAUAAUCUAGCUACAUUAAUUACGUUCUCAAACACGUUGGAUGAAUCAUGGUUUUAUCUAGUUACAACUGCUAUUGAAGGGUUCGGAGGACGCGCUCUUACGAGUAUUAUGGCUGCAAUUCAGGCUACUUAUGAUGGUAAUAACGAAAUAUUGAUUAAUGAAUUAAGAAAUAUCAGUUCUACCAUUUUUGAUAUUAACAAAACCCUGCAAAAGAUGUUUAAGAAAUGUGAUCCAUAUGUCUUCUACUGGAAGGUACGACCAUACCUCUCCGGUUGGGAAAAUGAAGAUCGUUUACCAAAAGGGCUAAUUUAUGAAGGAGUAGAUGGAAACGAUGAGAAUGGGAAUCCAAUUUAUCGACGGUACAUAGGAGGCAGUGCAGGUCAAAGUGCCUUAAUCCAAGCUCUUGAUAUUGCACUUAGUGUAAAACACUAUCCAACCGGUAUUAAACCGCAUACAAAUUCUUCUUGUCCCCGCUAUACCUCAUGUUCUAAUGGUUACCCUCAACCACAUGAUAUUCAUCAAUAUGUGUCUAAUGGACAUACCGAACCUCAACAACCUUACCUUCAUAGAAUUCGACAGAAUAUCCCAGGUCCUCAUCGUAGAUUUCUUGAGGACCUUGCCAAAAUAGCUGAUAUUCGAAAUUACAUAAUAUCUACCACCAAUUAUGAUUCGAGCGUUAAUACUUCCUCAUCAGAUGAAAGCGAAGACACGUGUUUAUUACGCGAAACUGAUGAAGCUGAUGAUCUAAUUAAAGCAUAUAACGAAUGUUUGAACCAAAUGAAAGAUUUUAGAAAAACACAUUUAAAUAUUGUAAAUUUUUAUAUCAUAAAACAAGCACGCAGGGGAGGUGAUCCACAUUUUAAUGCGAAGGAAGUGACUCCCCCCGUAGAUAAAGAUUUAGUAGGUAAUAAUGAAAUAACUGCAGUGAGUAAUGAGAUCAUAAUGACCACCACUAAAUCAGUGAACAAUGAGAUCAUAACGACCACCACUAAAUCGAUCGAGAUUAUCAAGGGUACUGGAGGAACUAAUUUAAUUCCAUUUUUAGAACAAAUGAAGGAUGAAACAUUAGCCCAAAAAAUCCAGUAG